CAGUAUACGCAUCGCACUUUCGACGAUAUAAAUUCGUAUUCAAUCAAACUACUGUAAAAAUUGAGAGAAAAUGAAUACUGCAUUACCACAUAUUGUGGAAAACGCAGAUUGCGGUGGUUCAUUAAAACCAAAAGACAAGUUAUUCAGCCUUCUUGAUCAAAUUGAAGUACAUGUAGAACAACUAAGAAAAGAUGCUUGGAGGCUCGAAGAAGAGAGAGAUACCCUCUUGACCACAUUAGACGCGCUUAGAAAUAAUGAAGACCUAAAUGGAUUAGGAGAAACUGACAAGGAUGAUGUACUGAGAUAUGCUGAGAGAUUGUCUAUGAGAUGUUUAACAGUUAAUAUCUUGGUAAAAAUCGAACGUGAUCAAAUCCAACAAGAAGCAUUAUAUAAAGUAAAUGGUUUGAUUGAUAGCCUAGUUGUUGGUCUUCGUGAUGAUCCAAUUGGAACAAGAGAGCGUUGUGCAUCUUUUAUGAAUGCUUGUACCUCACACAGUUUUGGUCAUUCUGAUAAGAACUUUGAAACAGCUAUUCUUGGAUGUACUUUAGAUGAUCAAAAACGAAUAAGAAAAAGAUUGCAAGGAUUAUUAGAUUAUAUUGAUAAAAUGCACACAAUUCAAUUACUAUGA